AUGCAGGACGACGAUCAGAAGCAGCGUACACGCUCAUGGCUGUCGAAUUUAUUCUCAAGCGAUCGAAAUACCACUGACACAGAUGGACUUCCAAAUGAGAGAACUUCAUUACUGCCAAAGCCGGUCAACGAUGAAGAAUCGUCCAGAGAUGAAAAUUUUGAGGACGAAAGCAAGUCCCGGACACAGCGCGUCCUCUCCGAAUUCUGGAUACUUCUGAGAGGAUCAAUACCUGUUAUUCUGGCGUACACAUUGCAAAACUCCUUACAGACAGUCUCGGUUCUGAUAGUGGGAAGAUUAAGUCCAGAAGCGCUUGCUGUUGCAGCUUUCAGCUACAUGUUUGCAAUGGCCACCGCUUGGCUAAUCGGCAUGGGAGGCACGACCGCGAUCGACACUCUUGCCUCUGCAUCUUUCACAGGAAGCAAGAACAAGCAUGACCUUGGCAUAAUCUUACAGCGUGCCUUUCUGGUUCUGGGAAUGUUCUACGUCCCUGUCGCAGUACUAUGGCUGUGGUCGGAGCCAGUGUUCAAGUUACUCGGCCAAGAAGACUACAUUGCGCGCGACUCUGCUAAAUUCUUGAGCAUUCUGAUUCCCGGUGGCCUUGGAUAUAUCUACUUCGAAUGCAUGAAGAAGUAUCUACAGUCGCAAGAAAUAAUGCGACCCGGAACCUACGUUCUGCUCAUCACAUCACCGAUCAGUGCCGGUCUGAACUAUUUGUUCAUCUACACUUUCAAGCUCGGCCUCUUUGGCGCCCCUAUCGCAACUGGUAUAUGUUACUGGCUUUCUUUCAUACUCCUGGUGCUCUACACUCGGUUCGUAGCUGGCUCCGAAUGCUGGGGUGGAUUCGAUCGGAAGUGCAUAAAGAACAUUGGUCCAUUUGCUCGACUCGCAGCGCUCGGCAUUGUACACGUCGGAACGGAGUGGUGGGCCUUUGAGAUUGUGGCGAUUGUUGCCGGACAACUUGGGACAAUACCGUUGGCUGCGCAAUCCGUCAUCAUGACUGCGGAUCAAGUCAUGAACACGAUACCGUUCGGCAUUGGAGUAGCAACGUCUAGCCGGAUUGGCAAUUUAUUGGGGUCAAGGAAUGCGCGAGGUGCUGCUCUGUCGGCCAACACUGCAGCAGUUCUAUCCAUGAUCCUCGGAGCGAUUGUGCUUGCGAUACUAAUGGGUACCAAGGACAACUUUGCCCGGCUGUUCAAUGACGAUGCUCAGGUUGUAAAGCUCACUGCUGAGGUCCUACCCUAUGUAGCACUCUUUCAGAUUGCAGACGGCCUGAACGGAUCUUGCGGUGGUGCUCUUCGUGGCAUGGGCAGACAGCACAUCGGAGCUUUCAUCAACCUGGGAGCCUACUAUUGCGGCGCGCUCCCUCUCGGAAUCUACCUCGCGUUUCAUGGCUGGGGUCUAUCAGGGCUAUGGAUCGGCCAGUGUAUCGCAUUGUACUUGGUCGGACUCAUAGAGUGGCUAGUCGUGGCUCUCAGCAAUUGGAACAAACAAGUUGAGAACGCCUUCAAGCGUAUGGACCCUGGGGACCUCGCAGAGCAGGCACAGCAGGGAGAAGUCUGA